UUUUGGAUAUCUAUUUCCGGCUGUAUAGUGUAACUUGGAGAAACGCGAAUUCAAGGAAUUGGUAUUUAAAGAAGUGUGGUUAUAAAUUUCUUGCGUCAUCAUUAAGUUCUACAUUAGAUCUAUAUUUAGAUCUAGUGCUAGUGGAUAACUUCGAACAAUAAUUAGAUAUAGAUUCUAUAUCUAAUUUAUGUAAUUAAAAAAUGACUCAGAAUAUCUUAAUCAGUAAAGACAAGCCUGCUGUUGCUGCAGUUGUGGCAGCAGAAGUUUUAUCAUCUGUGAAUCAUAAAGUUCAAUGGAGUCUGGGAGAUUCAAAUAGUCUUAGCUGGGGCAACGGUGCUGAAUUCAAUAACUCUGCAUCAAUUCUCAGAUUCUUAGGCAGAUCAUUUCCUGAAACAGGAUUAUUUGGAGAAGAUGCUCUUCAAAAAACUGAAAUUGAUCAUUGGCUGAACUUUGCUUAUGGGAGAUUAGCUUGCACAACCAACUUUAAAAAUGCCAUUAACUAUUUGGACCAUGAGCUUAGACCAAGCACUUACAUAUCUGGCACUGCUCUUACAAUUGCUGAUCUGGCAUUAUGGGAAGUUUUACACUUGAGCAGCUCAUUUCAGACUUUGUUGUCAGCCAACGAGGCUCCAGUCAAUGUCAGCAGAUACUACAAGUUUUUGACAGCCCAGAAACCUUUUGCCAAAGCUGCCACUCAGUUUGCUGCUGCAGCUGUAAAGGAUGUGAAGAAAAAAUCUUCAGAGACAAAUAUUAAAAAAGAUGAAGGGAAAUUUGUUGAGUUGCCAGGAGCUGAAAUGGGAAAAGUUGUUGUGCGAUUCCCUCCAGAAGCUAGUGGUUACCUCCAUAUUGGACAUGCCAAGGCUGCACUACUGAACCAAUAUUAUCGUGACACAUUCAAAGGAACUCUAAUCAUGAGGUUUGAUGACACCAAUCCAGCCAAAGAAAAUGCUGAGUUUGAAAAGGUUAUUCUAGAAGAUCUUCAACUGUUGGGUGUUAACUAUGACAAGUUCAGCCAUACAUCGGAUCAUUUUGACACCUUGAUGAAGUAUUGUGAGCAGAUGCUUCGUGAAGGCAAGGCCUAUGUGGAUGACACUGAUCCAGAAGUGAUGAAGAAAGAGAGAGAAGAAAGACAAGAGUCCAAAUCCCGCAAUAAUGACGUGGUUAAAAAUUUGUCACUCUGGGAAGAAAUGAAGAAAGGAAGUUCAGUGGGCCAGAAGUGCUGUGUUAGGGCCAAAAUUGAUAUGAAGUCUGACAAUGGCUGCUUGAGAGAUCCAACAAUGUACCGCUGCAAGAAUGAGUCACACGUACGAACUGGAACCAAAUACAAAGUUUAUCCCACCUAUGACUUUGCCUGCCCAAUAGUUGACAGCAUUGAGAAUGUAACCCAUGCACUGCGUACCACUGAAUACCAUGACAGAGAUGAUCAAUAUUUUUGGUUUUUGGAUGCACUCGGUCUGAGAAAGCCUUACCUCUAUGAAUACAGCCGCCUCAACCUUCAAAGCACUGUCAUGUCAAAGAGGAAGUUGACUUGGUUUGUCACAGAGGGCUUAGUAGAAGGAUGGGAUGACCCAAGAUUUCCAACAGUCAGGGGUGUCAGGCGUAGGGGUAUGACAGUAGAGGGAUUGAAACAGUUCAUUAUCACACAGGGAUCCUCUAGGUCUGUCAACAUGAUGGAGUGGGACAAGAUAUGGGCCUACAACAAAAAGGUGAUAGAUCCAGUUGUACCAAGGUACACAGCACUUCUGAAAGAUGGUGUGGUCACUGUCAACAUAAGAGAUGCUAAGUUGGAAUCUAAAGAAGUGGCCAAGCAUCCCAAGAAUGCUGAUGUUGGUAAAAAAGUUGUGUGGUAUGGACCAAAGGUGUUUAUAGAUGGAGCUGAUGCCGAGGUGAUGACUGAAGGAGAAACUAUCACAUUUAUAAACUGGGGUAAUUUAACAAUCAAGAAAAUCAACAGAGAUGCAACAAAGAAAAUCACAUCAAUUGAUGCAGACUUGGACUUGGAGAAUGUGGAUUAUAAAAAAACUCAGAAAAUCACUUGGUUAGCAGCAACUGAGAAGGCACCAUUCAUCCCUGCUGUUUGCAUCCAUUAUGAUCACAUUAUCAGCAAACCAAAUCUAGGCAAAGAUGAGGACUUCAAAGCUUACAUCAACAAGAACUCAAAGCAAGAGGAAGUAAUGUAUGGGGAUCCCUGCCUUGAAACCAUUCAAAAGGGGGACAUUAUCCAGUUACAGAGAAGAGGCUAUUUCAUAUGUGACCAGCCCUAUCAACCUGUCAGUCCACAUACAGGAAGGGACUCUCCAUGUGUCUUGAUCAACAUACCAGAUGGUCACCAGAAGGAGAUGCCAACAGGAGGAUCCAAACACAAGGAAAUGAAAGAUACCAGUGCUACAAAAGAGAGCAAGACAAAGUCAGACCAGAAACAGAAACCUGGUCAGCUAAAGAAAGAAGAGAAACAGGCCACCAACCUUAAUGUUGUCCAGUCAAAACCUGCAAUGGCAGCUACACCAAACAGCUCUGAGGCUCAAGCAUUGAAAUCUCAAAUUGAUGAUCAGGGUGAAAAAGUUAGACAACUUAAAUCUUCAGGGGCAGAUAAGUCCAAGGUAGAUGUAGAAGUCAAAGUUUUACUCAGCCUAAAGAAACAAUACAAAGAUCUGACUGGUGAAGAUGUACCUGGUGCAGCUAAAAAAGAUGACAAGAAAGGUGCAAAAAAGGAAGAUAAAAAAGCAGACAAGAAGGAUGACAAAAAAGUGGCAAAAACAGACAAGGAAUCUGUUAAUAAUGCAGCUAGCAGUUCUGAGGCUCAGGCAUUGAAAUCUAAAAUCGACGAACAGGGAGAAAAAGUGAGACAACUUAAAUCUUCAGGGGCAGAGAAGUCCAAGAUAGAUGGAGAAGUCAAAGUGUUACUAAAUCUAAAGAAACAAUACAAAGAUCUGACUGGGGAAGAUGUGCAAGCAGCUGCUAAAAAGGAGGACAAAAAGGGGGCUAAAGCUGACAAGGAGUCUGCCAACAAUGCAGCUAACAGUUCUGAAGCUCAGGGGUUGAAAUCUAAAAUUGAUGAACAGGGAGAGAAAGUGAGACAACUUAAAUCUUCAGGGGCAGAGAAGUCCAAGGUAGAUGAGGAGGUGAAGGUGUUAUUGGCUUUGAAAAAACAAUACAAAGACUUGACUGGGGAAGAUGUACAAGGGGCGGCCAAGAAAGAUGACAAGAAAGCUGCUAAAGGGGACAAGAAAGCAGGGAAGGAUAAUAAAGAAUCUAAGGGAGACAAGAAAGCAGGGAAAGAAGAUAAGAAAGCUGCAGAGAAAAGAGGCGGAGGAGAUCAGGCGGAUGAAACAAAAAGAGAAGUGAAAAAACAAACCAGGCUUGGACUAGAAGCAUCAAAGGAAGAAAACCUGUCGGACUGGUACUCACAGAUUAUCACAAAGUCUGAACUUAUUGAGUACUAUGAUGUUAGUGGAUGCUACAUUCUACGUCCAUGGGCCUACAGCAUCUGGGAGUCUAUAAAAGAACAAUUUGAUACUGCCAUUAAGAAAAUGGGAGUUGAGAAUUGUUACUUCCCCAUGUUUGUAUCCCACAGUGCUCUAGAAAAAGAAAAGACGCACAUAGCAGACUUUGCUCCAGAGGUUGCAUGGGUGACUAAGUCAGGACAGUCUGAUCUUGCUGAGCCUAUUGCUAUACGUCCAACCAGUGAAACAGUUAUGUAUCCCUCCUUUGCCAAAUGGAUUAAAUCUCACAGAGAUCUGCCUCUCCGACUCAACCAGUGGUGCAACGUUGUGAGGUGGGAGUUCAAACAUCCCCAGCCAUUCUUGAGAACCAGGGAGUUUUUAUGGCAGGAAGGUCACACAGCUUGGGCUGACCAGCCAUCAGCAGUUAAAGAAGUGUAUGCUAUACUAGAAGAAUAUGCCAGAGUGUAUGAAGAUCUGUUGGCUAUACCAGUUGUCAGGGGCAGGAAAACUGAGAAGGAAAAAUUUGCAGGAGGUGACUUCACAACGACAGUUGAGGUCUACAUAUCAGCCAGCGGGAGAGCAAUACAAGGGGCCACAUCUCAUCAUUUAGGUCAGAAUUUCUCCAAAAUGUUUGACAUUGUUAUAGAAGAUCCAGAGACUCAACAAAAGCAGUAUGUGUACCAGAACAGCUGGGGACUGACCACUAGAACUAUAGGUGUCCUAGCCAUGGUUCAUGGAGACAACACUGGACUUGUACUACCUCCUAGAGUGGCCACAUUACAGAUUGUAAUUGUUCCCUGCGGCAUAACAGCAGCAAUGUCUGAAGUAGACUCCAAAAAUUUAUAUGAUAAAUGUAGCCAGUUAGCAGCUGAACUUAUAGAUGCAAAGAUUCGCUGUAGAGCUGAUAUUAGAGACAACUACUCUCCAGGCUGGAAAUUCAAUCACUGGGAACUUAAAGGUGUGCCAAUAAGGAUAGAACUUGGACCAAGAGAUAUCAAAGAAAACCAGGUGGUUGCUGUCAGGCGUGAUACUGGGGAAAAAAUUCAGGUUUCCAUGAAUGGUCUUGUAGAGUCCUUGAAAAAGUUGAUGGAAGACAUUCAAAACAGUCUAUAUGCAAAAGCCCAGAAAGAAUUGUCAGAUAACUUGACAGUUUGUCAUAGUUGGACUGAGUUCUGUGAAAGUCUGGACAAGAAGAAACUCAUACAAGCUCCAUUCUGUGGAGAGAUUCUUUGUGAGGAGAACAUCAAGAAGGACAGUGCCAGGGAUGUUGUUGUGGAGGAAGGGGCACCUGCCAUGGGAGCCAAGGGACUGUGUAUACCAUUCAAACAACCACAAGAGCUGAAAAAAGACGCCAAGUGUAUAAUGCCUGGCUGCCCCAAUAAACCUCAAUAUUAUACCAUGUUUGGACGCAGCUAUUAAAUGAGGUCCUCCCCUAGUGUGAAGUAGUUAUUUUAAGACCUUAUGUUUUCUGCCAUUUUUAUGGAUGUAAUUAGGUGUAUUGUGUUAAAGUGUUCCUGAUUUGAUUUCACAGUAUGAUCACACUGACUGAACUUAGGCCUGCUUGUUACCUGAGUAAAUAAUUGUUGAAAUACGUUCUAGCAAAAUUCAGAGAUUUGUGCUAUAUUUCAUAACUGAUACAAACCACUUAAAAAUUUUUGUUUUCAAUUAAAAUAUGAUUAAGUUGUUAAAUGCGUGUAGUGGAUAGCCUACUAAUAUAAACUUUGUUUCGUAUUCUUGCUUUACAAAGUACUUACCUAUCAAUGAGAUUUUAACAAUGCAAUAAUUAAAAUAUAAUGUUACAAACUUUUGAUGAUUGAUUUGAAGUGUGUUGAAUGUUAUGUUUUUUUUUUUUGCAUCAGCGCUAAUAAAAAUGUCAAUUCAUAAUA